AAUUAGCCAACAGAGGAAGAGUCACUGUGUGGGUGCAGUUUCAGUUCAGCCAAAGUAGCCGUCAACGCUAUUUAGGUGGCAGUGCUUAUCCCCAAAAUACGUUUCUAAAACAAAAUUCCUGCCUUCUAAACUAGGACCAGGAGUUCCAGCCGAGAUUCCCCAACAGCGUCUUCGUCAAGAUGAGCUUCUUGUUUGGCAGUCGCUCAUCUAAGACCUUCAAGCCGAAGAAAAAUAUCCCAGAGGGCUCCCACCAGUAUGAGCUACUGAAACAUGCUGAAGCAACGCUGGGCAGUGGGAACCUGAGACAGGCUGUCAUGCUCCCAGAGGGCGAGGAUCUCAAUGAAUGGAUUGCUGUCAACACGGUGGAUUUCUUCAACCAAAUCAACAUGCUGUAUGGCACCAUCACCGAGUUCUGCACUGAGACCAGCUGCUCUGUGAUGUCAGCAGGACCAAGGUAUGAGUAUCACUGGGCUGAUGGCACUAAUAUUAAAAAGCCCAUCAAAUGUUCAGCGCCUAAGUACAUCGACUAUUUGAUGACCUGGGUGCAGGAUCAGCUGGAUGAUGAGACCCUUUUCCCCUCCAAGAUCGGGGUUCCUUUCCCUAAGAACUUCAUGUCUGUGGCCAAAACCAUCCUGAAGCGUCUGUUCAGGGUUUACGCUCACAUCUACCACCAACAUUUUGACUCGGUGAUGCAGCUGCAGGAGGAGGCUCACCUCAACACCUCCUUCAAGCACUUCAUUUUCUUUGUCCAGGAGUUCAACCUCAUUGACCGGCGAGAGCUUGCUCCCCUGCAGGAUUUGAUCGAGAAGCUUGGAUCCAAGGACAGAUGAACAUUUCAUUACACACACACACCUUUCUUUUUUUUUUUUUUUUUUUUUUAGAAAACCAGGUCUUCCUCUCUUUUGUCUUCUGGCCUCUUCUACCUCUGUGAUUUCUAGCCUCAGCUCUUAAAACUCUGUGCCUUCUUUACAUUUCUUGAAUAUUUGUACUUCUUUUAUUCUUUUUUUUUUGUUUGUUUAUUUUUGAUGCAAUUUUUGAACUUUUUUUUUUAGCUUCUUUAUGUAGAACAGUGUAGUAAAGAAGAAAUAUUUUUCACAGGACUGUGGUUAAUGACUCUUAGAGCAAAAUACAGAUUUUUAUAUUGGACCAAGGACAUUUGGAAGUGAAAAAAACAGUUUAUCUUCUUUCAGAGGAUGCUGUACAGUGUUUAGUUUGUCUAAACACGUGUAGCUUUAUUUUUUUGGUUAGAAUAAUAGCGACUGACCAAAUAUCCCAAUUUUUGUUGUUUUUCCUUUUUUUACUGUUUUAUUUGUUUACGGUAUAGAGUGAGGACUGCAAACAAGAGUCAUAUGAAAUAGUUGUUAAGUGGACUUUUGUGCUUGUAACAACUUAAUAGAUGAAGGUGGGAGCAAAAAUGCACUUGUACACAGUACGUAAAGCUCACUGUCACAUAAAGUAGCAUUUUCCCUGUUGACACCAGCAGCCACAUUAAACACGGCAUCCAUGCAUAGCAUGUUCAUGCUUCAGUUUUGUUGAGCAAUAACAUUGUUUGCACAUUUUCAUAGGGUUAAAUGUAAGAAACAUUACUUUAAUCUUCAUAGCUGUGAACCGUUUGGUUAUGGAGAGUCUUUAAAUCCUGUUAGCCUUUAAAUUGAAAAUUCAUAAUGAAAGUAAUUAUGACAAUAGAGUAAAUGUGUUUAUUCUGAUGUUUCAGUUUAUGUCUGCGUUGUGGCUCGAUUGUAGAACCUUUAGCCAUUUUUUUCUUGAAUUUUUUUUCCUCCUGAAGAAUGCAGCUGAUAUUUCUCCAGAAUGCCUAGUUUUCCAAAGUUUAAUUAAGGAAGUUGGGUUGUUACUCUCUUGACUUCAAACUGAAACUCAUCAGACAAUCAUGUAACCAAAUAUAAUCCAAUGAAAUAACUCAAAUUCAUCAAUAAGUUCCAAAUAAUCAAGAGCGGCAUAUGCUUUUUAUAUUUUACAUCACUGUAAAAACACAGUUGGAAUACCAACCCAUAGCUGAAAGCUCUCAAAAUGUAAUAAAUACUUAAUUCACCUUGAUUAUAGGUUAAGUUGUUGCUUUGCAAAAAGAAAUCCAACAUUCUUCUCGUUAAUAGACAUAGUCACUCAGUACUUUUCAGUUUACAUUCAGCCUUUUGUAUGUAUUGCUUCUGUACACAAUGUUAUUUUUGAGGUUUUGGUUACAUGUUCUAUCACAAUGGAAAAUUAGCUCCAUCAUUUUAGUCACUGAAGAAACAAGGACUCUGAAAUGAAUGAUUUUUUUUAAACAUUGGCCUGAUUAUUGUGUGGUUAAUUAGACAAAGGAGCUAAGAAAGAUACACGAACCACGUCCAAACAUUUGCUGUAAAUAAGAUCAGUGUUUUAUCUGAACAAAAUUGUGCCUUGCAAUUACAUAUUUAAUGAAAGUAUUGAUGGGUAAAAAAAAAUAAACACAAAGGACUA